AUGGCUUACCGUAUCCUUGUCGGGUCGUACACUAACGAGAUUUAUACAAUCUCCUUUGAUUCUAAUGCUUCAACUUUGUCACUUGUUAGCUCUGUCGCCGUGGGCCACCAUCCCUCAUGGAUCGCGCCCCAUCCUACAGACAGUUCUAUCAUAUUUGCAGGGCUUGAACAAUCCGAAGGAGCAGUUGUCACGGUGAAGUACGAUCGGGGAGGUAAAGGAACGCUCAUUGGGACUGUUCCCAGUAGUGGCGCCGAUCCUUGCACGCUGCUAGCAGUCGGAACUGAUCUACUCGUCGGAAAUUACUCAUCUGGAACCUUCACAACUAUACCUCUAUCACCCGAGUCACCCUAUCUGCGUGUGUCACAAAGUACCUCAAUCCCCUUUAGCGGAACAGGGCCGAACAAGGAGCGCCAGGAGUCUUCCCAUUUGCACCAGAUUUUCCUCCAUCCAAAUCGCGUGGAAUUGUUAAUUCCUGACCUUGGGGCCGAUCUUACACGGAGAUUCACAAGAGACUCGGAUGGAAAAUGGAUUCCAAACGGACACGUUUCUUAUAAGGCAGGCAGUGGCCCGAGGCAUGUGGUAGUUCACGACGGCAUUCUCUACACUGUGCUAGAACUGAUAAAUGAAGUCGCGGUGCAUACACUUCCCCCCGCACCUGAAGAACCCACGCUCCUUGCAUGUGUGCCGACAAUGUCUACUGUGCCGCCUUCGGUCGAUCCAUAUAUGCUUGCAGCAGAGAUUCUACUCCCUAGACCCAAUCUUUCGUUUCCGUCACCGUAUCUGUACGUGUCCAACAGGAAUGACCCCUCGCCUGAGGGCGACACCAUCGCAAUAUUCUCGCUUGCGGAUCCUCAACAGCCAGAGCUCGUUGCCGAAGUGCGUUCCGGGCUCAAACACUUGAGGGGUAUGUGGUUCGGUGGACCAGAUGAUCGAUGGCUGGUUGCGGGUGGUGUGCACGGGCCUGGCGUAAAGGUAUUUGAGCGUGUAGAUGGUGGGAAGGGAUUGAGAGAACUCGCAGCGUUGGAGCUGGAGGCACCGACGGGUUUUUUGUGGAUUUAG